AAAAUUGUUUUCCUUGUGAAGUUAAUUUCCUUUCAAGGCGCUAAUAAAAUAAAAUACAAGAGACCAAGGAGAGACUGGUUGGUAGCUAAUCGUGUUCUUUGUUCUUCGGCUUCACCGUCUCGUUUAGGUAACGACACCCCUAUUUCCCUUAAUCUUAAUUUCACUAGACCUCUUUUUGGAAGCAAUUUCUGGUUAUAAUUUAAUCGUAAUUUAUCCUCACCUGUUUUUUCCCUAUUUCAAUGAUUUCAUUUCCUUCCUCCCUUCUCAACUAAUAUCGAUCGGUUACUUCCAUUAUCUUCCUCCUCUGCUUCCAAUUCUAGGGUUCGGAUCGCACCAAAAUACGGGAUUUUUUACUGUCGAUUAUAUAAAUAAUUGGCUUCUUUUUUAAAUGACGAGUGCGGGCAAUGAAGAAGUCGAUGCAGUGCUCAGUGACGUGGAGUCUGAUGAGCCGGUACCGAUUGUUAUUAAAGAUCCGUCUCGAGAGGAUGUAUCGGUCGAGAAAUUCCGUGAAAUUCUGGCGGAGCUCGAUCGCGAGAAACAAGCACGAGAAGCUGCCGAGAAUUCCAAAUCAGAACUUCAAGUUUCGUUUAAUCGAUUAAAAGCUUUGGCUCACGAGGCGAUUAAGAAGCGAGAUGAGUGUGGGAGACAACGUGACGAAGCUCUCCGCGAGAAAGAAGAAGCUUUGAGAUCGAACGAUAACUUAACGGCGCAAUUAGCUGAAGCUAAUAAGAUUAAAGACGAGGUUACGAAACAGAGAGAAGAUUUGGCGAAGCAAUUGGAGGAAGCGUCCAAGGGAAAAGAUGGAUUGCGAUCGGAGAUCGAGACUUCUGCUCAUAUGCUUGUUUCAGGUAUAGAAAAAAUAUCUGGAAAAGUUAAUAAUUUCAAGAACUUCUCUGCUGGAGGAUUGCCGCGAUCGCAAAAGUACACCGGACUGCCCUCCGUUGCUUAUGGAGUCAUCAAAAGAACAAACGAGAUCGUUGAAGAGCUCGUUAAACAGAUCGAAACCACAACCAAAUCUAGAAACGAAGCCAGGGAGCAGAUAGAGCAACGAAAUUACGAAAUUGCCAUUGAAGUUUCUCAGCUUGAAGCUACAAUAAGUGGGUUACGAGAUGAGGUGGCAAAUAAAACUAAUAUAAUUGAAAAUUUAGAGAAGAAUAUAGCUGAAAAGGAUGGGAAGAUUGGGGAGAUUGAAAAAGAGAUGUCGGAGAAGAUUAAUUUGGCACAGGAUGAAUUAAUGGAGUUGAGGAACUUGACCAGUGAAUAUGAUGAUAAAUUGAAAAUUUGGCAGAUGAGGAUGGAAUUACAGAGACCGUUACUGGUUGAUCAGUUGAAUUUCGUUUCUAGAAUUCAUGAAAUUAUUUAUGAUGUUAUUAAGAUUGUUGAUGCUGAUAAUAUGGAUCAGUCAGAUGUAUCGGAGUCCUUUUUUCUUCCACAAGAGACAGAUUCUGUGGAAAAUAUACGCGCUUGUUUGGCGGGGAUGGAGUCUAUCUAUGAAUUAACAGGAAUUCUUGCUGGGAAAACAAAGGACUUAGUGGAUGAAAAGAAUCGUGAAGUAAAGAGUUUAAACGAAACAGUUGCUCGAUUGAUUAAGGAGAAAGAACAUAUUGGUUCUUUACUUAGGAGUGCAUUGUCCAGGAGGAUGGCAUCUGAAAAUAAGUCCAAAACUAACGAGUUGUUUCAAACUGCUGAGAAUGGUUUGAGAGAGGCUGGAAUUGACUUCAAAUUUAGUAAUCUUAUUGGCGAUGGAAAUAAAGCUGAAGAUCCAGGCUCAGACCAGGAUGAAAUAUACACUCUGGCUGGUGCUUUGGAGAAUAUUGUCAAAACAUCUCAGCUUGAGAUAAUUGAACUGCAGCAUUCUGUGGAGGAAUUAAGGGCAGAGUCGAGUGUACUUAAAGAACAUGUGGAGGCUCAAGCCAAGGAGCUCAACCAAAGAAUGCAUCGUAUAGAGGAGCUUGAAGAGAAGGAGAGAGUAGCAAAUGAAAGUGUUGAAGGACUUAUGAUGGACAUUGCUGCUGCGGAGGAAGAAAUUACAAGAUGGAAAUCAGCAGCUGAGCAAGAGGCUGCUGCAGGAAGAGCUGUAGAGCAAGAGUUCUUAGCUCAGCUAUCAGCAGUUAAGCUGGAGCUUGAAGAGGCGAAGCAAGCCAUGUUAGAAUCUGAGAAGAAGCUAAAAUUCAAAGAAGAAACUGCUGCUGCUGCCAUGGCAGCAAGAGAUGCAGCUGAGAAAUCAUUGAAGCUGGCAGAUAUGAGGGCAAGUAGGCUGAGGGAAAGAGUAGAGGAGCUUACCCGUCAGCUAGAAGAGUUUGAAACACGAGAAGACUCAAGGGGUCGAAAUGGACCGAGAUAUGUUUGUUGGCCAUGGCAGUGGCUUGGGCUGGACUUUGUAGGGUUUCAUAAACCAGAGACACAGCAACAGAGUUCAAAUGAAAUGGAGCUUUCUGAACCACUUUCUGAACCUCUUCUCUGAUUAUACUUCUCUCUUUUUCUGUGUAAAAUCAGUUCAUAGUAAUUUCAUUCUUCAAAGCUCCUUCAUUUGCAAUGAUUUUGUCACUUCUAUAAUUCUGACAUGGCAAUGAUUUCCGAGAGUUGAAUCUUUCUUGUUCAUACUUCCAUGGCAACGAAUCUUUAUAAUCAAACUCAUCUAUUUUCCAUUGUUUUGGUUUUCCUUUUCAAUUCUGUUUUGUUCUUAAUGUCAUCAUCGGAGUUUAUCCUCUCUUUUCCUUUUCCCUUUUCUCUCUCUAUUCAUUUCAGGGCUUUGAUCGUUGUUGAAAGAAAAAUUAUUGCUGUUCGUUUCAAACUAUUUGAACAGGUGAGGAAGAGCAAUUGAUAGUUGAGGUCUCGAUAGCUGCUUUUCGGUAUGGCAAGUAGAAAGUAGCAAGGAGAGAGCCAUUGGUGAAAUCUCUGGUGAACAAAGAAUGCUUAGUCGAUACAUGUGACUCAAUGGAGUUCUUAUAUUCUCAAGGUACUUUCAGUGAAGUGAAUGUUUAUUGUUACUGCUUCUUAUGUGGAGUAGUUGCUGAUUUGUUUAUAAUUUGUGUCCUCCUAUCUAUAGAUGUUGGUCAAGAUGAUGCAGCUUCUUCUAUUUCUCUUGUAUAUUUACUCAUGGGGGUCCUCUUUCUGUUGCUCUAACUAGUUUUUCUCCAUUGUCAAAUUGGUAAUGCUGUAAGUAGAUUAUUGUUCAACAUUUAUGUUACUGUGAGCGUGGGGUACUGAUAUCUGUAUUAAAAGUGAGUAUAUUUUAUUUUUAAAA